UGAAAAUAUUUUUGAAAUUUUAAAAAUAUUUUUGGGGAAGGCUUUGGGUUUGAUAAAUUUUUCUUUUAUUUUUACCAAAAAAUUUAUUUUAGUUAAAUGUCAAGCUCACCUUCUAGAAGCGAACAUUUUAGUUUAAAUACUUCCCAAUUAACAGAAAGUAAUGAGGAUGAUAAUAAUAGAGAUGUUUUGGAAAGGACGGAGGAUGAUGAAGAUGACAGCUUUCAUCCAGAAUUGGAAGACGAUGAAUUAAGUACAGAUGCAAGGACGUUAAUUGAGUUUUCUCAGCAAAUUGCUUCUGCUUCCGAAGCAGGCUGUUCAACUCAAGCAGUUUCUGAAGAACUUGUUGACCUUCAACGUCUUCGUCGUACGCAAAAAAUAUUCAAAGAAUUGCAGUUUAAUAACCCUGGAAGACAGCUUGUGGAAUCUCUGUCAACUGAUGGAUUGACAGAAUAUGCAACUAAUAGGCCUAAACGGAACAAAAACAGGAAUAGAACGACUAAUGAAGAUUUAAAUUCGUCUCUUAACAACUUACUAAAAACGAGCGAAAAAUAUUUUCACCAAGGGUUUUGCUAUAGAAAAAAUAAAGGAAGCUCCGAUGGACAGAUUAUAUUUUGGGUGUGUGUUGACAGACGUAAUGAUUGUAAAGGCAGGGUUUGGACAACAUCUUGCGAAAGUAGAAAGUUCAUUCGUCUAGUUACAGAGCAUAGCUGCACGCUAGGUAGUAACUUAUUUUAGAGUGAAUUUGAUUUUUAGCCUUGCGCCAAAGUGGCGCUGUACCUUUAAAUAUUCCAAAAAUUAAAACUGUCCCUAGCCCAGUCUACCUUAUAUUUAUUAGAAUAACUGAAUUCAUGAAAGUCUGAGCUAGACAAUUUUGACAUAAUUCGACUUUCCUUGACAUUUUUACUUUUAGUCAACUCCCAUUUAGUUCCAUUAAUUUACAAUUUAGAAAAUUUUAUUUAGAAUCAUCAAGGAAUACCAACAAAUCAAGCAAUUAUACAGGCAAACUCUUCCACAAUCAAAAAGGCCAUUUAACUACAAGUCGGGGAGCUGUUGAUCUUUGCGAUUGUCUCGAUUUGGAAUGUUCUGGUUGUAAUUACCCUUGUAAGAAAUGUGGUUCGCAAAAAUGCAGUUAUUCUUGCCGAAACAAUCGACGCACUUAUAUUGAAAGUAUUGAUGAAUUGGGAUCUGGUAGCA